AUGGAUCCUAAGCAGGCUUUUCUACCGAGUGUGAACCGGCUUCACACUACUUCUCGAAAUGCUUGGCUAUUCGUUAUCGUCCUUACAACAUUCUCUCUAGCCUUGGCUUUCUGGCACAAAGAUUUGCACCAUGUUCUUCCACACUGGACUGAAGAGAAAGAUGCAAGUGUCGCAUCUGCUGCUCUAGUCAGGAGUUACCACCUACAAACAGGUGUACGUUGGAUGAACCCAGACGGUGGUCGAUGGCGAGUCAUGUUCACGUGUAACGGCCAGUCCCCUUGCCCUACGUUAUAUGCUGAGGAAGGGGAUAUUAUCGAUUUGAGUGUAAAGAGCGACAUAUAUGCUCAGUCAUCUAUCCAUAUAUCUGGUAUUGGGCACAAACAGACUCUUGGACCUUGGAACGAUGGAACCGCAGGUCUUUCUCAAUUUCCAACCCUUCCGAGAAGCAACUGGUCUACCGCCUAUGAUACAUCAGGCGCAUGGGGGCUGAACUGGUUCAUUGACCACACUACCACAGCAUCAGCAGAUGGUAUUGCUGGUGCUAUUUACGUUGCACCUGCUCCAGAUCGUCCACGGCCUUAUCACCUCAUCACGAAUGACAGCUUAGACAUCCGCCAAAUCCGCGAAGCUGAGCGCGCCAUUCGUCAUGUCAUAAUCCAGAAUCAUCAACAUCGUGAUACAGUCUGGAAGUUACUCCGCAUGAGAGUUGAAGGGUCGGAGUAUUACUGUUAUGAUUCGAUUCUAGUCAAUGGGAAGGGUCGUGUACACUGUCGUCAACCUGGAUAUGAUCACAUCAAUGGCCAUGCACUAGACCAGAAGGGAUGCAUCCAGCCUCCUGGGUUACCUGAUGAGACUUGUACACCAAGCGAAGCAGACUAUGAGGUCAUUGAAACCCAAGGUCAAAGGUACGUGAUGUUGAAUCUCAUCAACUUGGGCUUCGAGCAUUCUGUCAAAGUCUCUAUCGACCACCACAAGAUGACUUUGGUGGCCAACAACGGUGGCUUUGUCUUUCCAGAAACGUCAGAUGUUGUGUACAUCCCAGAUCCCAGCCGUGUGACAGUAUUGGUACAUCUAGAUGCUGAGCCAGAUGAUUACGCCGUCCGCAUAUCUUCAACCAGUGAACUACAGAACCUUCACGGGUACGCCAUCUUGAGAUAUCGGGCGAAGCGCCCGCCUCAAUAUGGCGAGCCCAUGACACUACCGCCAACCAAGCCAGAGACAAUAUGUCUUUUUCCUGACGGAAAUACGCACCCAGACUGCAGUACCACUGAUGCACAGUUUGUUCCUCCGUAUCCUGCAAAUCCCCCACCAUCAGUCACCAAGCAUCGACCAGCACAGGCCGACUUGACUUUCAGAUUAGCAGCAGACUCCCAGCCGUCAAAAACUGAGCGUGUACCAGAGUAUUUUCUCAAUGGCAAGCCAUGGCAACUCUUCCACGGCUCAAUGUUGCCUCUUCUUUUUCACGCUGCGAACGAAACGUUGGAAAAGCCUGUCAUCAGCAACCUGCCUCUAGGUUCGGUGGUAGAUCUCAUAAUCGAGAAUCGUAUCAACGAAACGAUAUCAUUCUACAAGCAUGGUGAACCCUCAUGGCUUCUUGGCUCUGGUGCGAACGAGAGGUUCCCUGGAAAAACAGUGGAAGACGCAAUGCAGAGACCAGGUGUGCCGGAGAAGCUCCUCAAUUUGCACAAUCCUGGGCUCGUGAUUGUUCAUGAUUUGCCUGCGCUGGGUUGGAGUGUUUUGAGAUUCAAGGUGACGUCCCAGACAGCAACGAUGCUGCAUGCUGCGAAGCUGAGAUACUUUGCUUUGGGUAUGACAGUGCCUAUCCUGGAGGGAAUUACAGUGGACACGCCACUGAAAGUUCCCGAAUCGGUCGUUGACAGGCCUCAUGUCGACUUUAAGCCCGCCCACGAUGGUAUUUUUGGAUGA